CGCCAUCCACCCCGCACCUGCAUACCAACACACACUCGCCCCACUCCUCCACCGCGCACACCUUCCCUUCCAUCUGAACACGCACCCCCUGGUCUGGCCGGAUGAGUUACCACCCGGUGGACACGAUAGGGAGUCCAUUCAGGAGAAGUAUGGAUAGUAGGACCACCUACGGCCGCUCCACUGGCACCCCCUCCAGUGGGUUCCGUUCUCAGUCCUGGUCCCGGUCAAGCCCAGGCUCCACGAUGACCUCCUCCUACAAGAGGAGCGUCAAUAUGCCGGUAUCCAGAGCGUACAGCUCCACACUCCUCAGCUCCGCCGACAGCGUUGAUUUCAGUAAAACGAACGGAGACUACAAGCGCUCCAAUGAGAAAGAGCAGCUCCAGGGGCUCAACGACCGCUUUGCCGGCUACAUCGACAAGGUGCACUACUUGGAGCAGCAGAACAGCCAGAUCGAAGAGGAGAUCCAGACGCUGCGGCAGAAGCAGGUGUCGCAGUCCCAGCUAGGCGACUUAUAUGACCAGGAACUCCAGGAGCUCCGCUCCAUGCUGGAGCAGAUCCACCACGAUAAGGCGCAGAUCCAGCUCGACACGGACCACAUCGAGGAUGACAUCCAGAGAAUUAGGGACCGCUUCGAUGAGGAAGCCCGCAUCAGGGAUGAGACGGAAGGCAUCAUCCGGGCGCUGAAAAAAGAUAUGACCGACUCUGAGUUGAUGAAGUCAGAGAUGGAGAAGAAAGUUCAGUCACUGCAUGAUGAGAUUGCCUUUAUCCGCAACAACCAUGAGGAAGAGGUGAGCGACCUGUUCGCCCAGGUGCAGGCGUCGCAGGUAACCAUGGAGAGGAAAGACAUCCAGAAGACGGACAUCACCGAGGCGCUCCGGGAGAUCCGCACCCAGCUCGAGGGCCACUCCAACCAGAACCUGCAGCAGGUGGAGGACUGGUUCAUGUGCCGCUAUUCCAAGCUCACUGAUGCUGCGGAACAAAACAAAGAUGCAAUCAAGUCCGCCCGUGAUGAGAUAGCAGACUACCGCCGCCAGCUCCAGUCCAAGACCGUGGAGUUAGAGUCAGUCCGUGGAACCAGGGAGUCACUGGAGAGGCAGUUGAAUGACAUCGAGGACCGACACAACAGCGACUUGUCCAGCCUGCAGGUAUAAUGAGACUCGCUGUAGGCAUUAUUUUCAUACAGAAACCCCCAGCCUCAGGCUUAAUGGUGAAGUGUUCUAUAAAGUUGUAUUCUUUGUGUAAAUAGAGAAGCAAUGUAGUGGAGAGAGUAAAUUAUAUAAUAAGAUAUGUUUUUCGUGUAUAUCAAAUUGAGAAUAUUAUCACGACACCUUUGAGGUUUUUAUUCUUAUUUUAAAUGUAGGUCUACUUAUAAGGAUAGUUCCUCUACUUUGAUAGAGAGAAAGACACAAACGUACAUUGUGUCCCCACAUAUUGUAUUAGUUUGAUUUUGAACUAACUAAAUUGUUUUUAUUAUGUAGGCCCUGAAUAGAUGUAUUUUCACUAGGCUAUAAACUCUGCGCAUUGGUGGUGUCUGCGCAUUUGCUUCAGAUAGCAUAAAUGGCACAAUGCUGACAUCUUAUGGGCACAGCUUUAACAUCUCCAAAUGUUGGAGCAUUAGGCUAUGCAUAAACUGCAACACGUGGUGCACGUCAGGACAUUAUAGAGUUAAGGGAAUACACAAUGCAGCAGACCGUUUUUUGUUAUUUUUUCGUUGCUGAGCCAGAGAAGCGGGGCCCUUGAAACACAAUGCUGUUCACUGCGUCAGUAUACAUUAUUUCACACAACAACAGUCCAACAUAUCCAAUUAUUUGUACUUUUACUUUUCAUAAAUGAGACAGGAUGACUUCACACUUUCAAUUAUUAUUGCAACGAUAUUUUAUUGGAAUCUCAAAAUGCUGUUUCAAAUGUAGGCCUAUACAAGUUUAAAUGUGCUUGUGAAGUAAUUACCAGGAACAAAAUAUGACAUUGUAUUGUUGAUAGUUUUCAUAUGAUGUUUAGAAAGCUGUGGCCUUAUGGAGAAAUGUGUCCUCCCUACACCAAAAAUAAAUAACCAAGUAUUAUUUCAGGGUUCCAAAUAGGCAUAAGAAAUAAUAGCUCUUAACCAGCUCAUGUCUCUCGGUCUUGUUCUCUGCAGGAGACCAUCCACCAGCUGGAUAAUGAGCUCAAGGGCACGAAGUGGGAGAUGGCGCGUCAUCUGCGCGAGUACCAGGACCUGCUCAAUGUCAAGAUGGCCCUCGACAUUGAGAUUGCUGCAUACAGGUACAGUGCGACGGCAGGGCGCUAAUUAGGCCUAACAUUGAUAAAACAACACUUCUAAAAAAUAUGUGUUUACUCAUUACAAAACAAAAUAGUUAAUUCAUCAUUUGUAAUAAAAACAUAAACAUCUCAUUUCUAUAUAGAAAAUACAUUUUUAUAUUAGGCCUGCACUGUACUAUAUCUCUUGAUCUACUGUUUUUGCAGGAAACUCCUAGAAGGUGAAGAGACCCACUUUAGUACUUUCCCUUACCGCCACACUGUCACCUCCUCUAAGAAGUCCAAGUAUGAGCCUCCCAAACUGAAAGUCCAGCAUAAGUUUGUAGAGGAGAUCAUUGAGGAGACCAGGGUGGAGGAUGAGAAGGAUGAGAUGGACCAGGCCCUGGCUGAGAUGGCCCAGGAGCUGUCUUCCGCUCUGGAGGCAGAGGGAGCAGAUGAAGGAGAGGAUGAGGGAGAAGAGGGAGGAGAAGAAGCAGAGGGAGAGGGUGAAUCAGAAGAGGUUGUAGCCUCCACUGAAGCCCAAGUGAGCUCCAGCACACCUGCUGAGGAGGAAGAGGAGGACAAAGAAGGUGGUGAUGAAGAUGAAGAGGGAGAAAAAGAAGAAGAGGGUGAGAAAGGAGAAGAGGAUGAGGGUGAGAAGAGAGAUGAUACAGAAUGUGGUGAUGAGGGAGAAGGAGAGGGGGAAUUAGAGGAGACAGUCCUGUGCUCUAAAGCCCCAGAAUCAAAGGCCUCUCCUGACAAAGAGAAGGCUGGAGAGAAGGAGGGAAGCGGAGGAGAAGAGGAGACAGCAGAGGGAGAGGGAGAAGAGGAGGGUGAUGGUAAAGAUGAAGAUGCAGGAAGUGACAAAGGAUCCAAAGAGGGAGAUGAUAAGGAUGAGAAAGAGGACAAAACAGAUGAGGCAGCUGUAGCCAAGACAGAGGCUCCCAAAACAGAAGCCCUCAAGAGUGAGGCCCCAAAUGCUGAAGUCCAGACAUCUGAGGCCCCAAAGCCCUCCAAGCCAGACUCCCUAAAAGCUGAAUCCCCAAAGGCUGGGUCCCCCAAGUCUGAGUCACCAAAAGCUGGAUCCCCCAAACAUGAAUCCCCCAAAGCUGGAACCCCCAAAUCUGAAUCCCCAAAACCUGGCUCCCCCAAAUCUGAAUCCCCAAAACCUGCUGGAUCCCCCAAAUCUGAAUCCCCAAAACCUGCGGGCUCCCCCAAAUCUGAAUCCCCAAAACCUGCUGGCUCCCCCAAAUCUGAAUCCCCAAAACCUGCUGGAUCCCCAAAAUCUGAAUCCCCAAAACCUACAGGAUCCCCCAAAUCUGAAUCCCCAAAACCUGCUGGAUCCCCCAAAUCUGAAUCUCCAAAACCUGCUGUAUCCCCCAAAUCUGAAUCCCCAAAACUUGCUGGCUCCCCCAAAUCUGAAUCCCCAAAACCAGCUGGCUCCCCCAAAUCUGAAUCCCCAAAACCUACAGGAUCCCCCAAAUCUGAAUCCCCAAAACCUACAGGAUCCCCCAAAUCUGAAUCCCCAAAACCUGCUGGAUCCCCCAAAACUGAAUCCCCAAAACCUACAGGAUCCCCCAAAUCUGAAUCCCCCAAAUUAGGAUCCCCCAAAGCAGAGUCCCCUAAGGGUGAGGCCCCCAAACCAGAAGCUCCAAAGUCAGAGGCCCCCAAGGCUGCAGAAGAGAAAGUAGACAAAAAGAGUGAUUCAGAGGAAGAGAAGAAGGUAGAAAAGAAAGACGCAGCCUUGAACGGAGAUGUUGAGAAGACUGCAACAGAGGACAAGAAGGAUGAGGAGAAGAAAGAGGCAGAGGAGAAGGAUGUUAUCUCAAAUGGAGUGGACGAGAGCCCCACUAAAGAUGACCCCGACCAGAAAGAUGACACCAAGGACCAGAAGGUGGUCAUCACCAAAACGGUGGAGACCAUCACCACUGGAGAGGACGGGGCCAAGCAUGUCACCAAAUCAGUCACUGUCACCGAGACUGUGAAGGAGUCUGAGGAUGUGAUGCAGGAGAAGACGGUCUCCAGCAAGAAGAUGGAGAAACACUCUUCCCAGUCCAUCAAGGUGGUGACUGAAACCGAGUGA